AUGGCCAAAUCAAUUACUGCACGCCAACUACGCAAAUACUGGAUAAACCAAGACGAAGUGGCCCUCCUAGAUGUCCGCGAAGAAGGCCCCUAUUCCGAAUCCCAUCCUCUCUGGGCAUUGAGCGUGCCAGUAUCCGAAAUUGAGGCCAAAUUACCUCCAUUGGUCCCCAGGCUAUCUGCACCGAUAGUCGUCUACGAUGAUGGAGAGAAGUACGUCGAUCGGGCCGCAGCCAGAGUCCUCGCACUGGGAUAUCGAAAUGUCUUCAUCUUGGAAGGAGGUCUUUCCGCCUACUCCCUCAUAGGAGAAGUCUAUCGCGAUGUCAACGUCCCAUCGAAAGCUUUUGGGGAGUUGGUCGAGUCAAUCACUCAUACUCCAUCAUGGUCCGCACGAGAAGUGAAAAAUGUCCUCGAAAGUGAGAGCGAUGUGGUGGUUCUCGAUGCCAGACGGUUCACCGAAUAUAAUACAAUGAGCAUUCCCCGCGGUCGCAGUUGUCCAGGUGGAGAAUUGUUGUAUCGUGUCUUCCAGGCAGCGCCUUCGCCAGAAACAACCGUCAUUGUCAAUUGCGCCGGUCGCACACGCAGUAUUGUCGGUACUCAGUCCUUGAUCAAUUCGGGGAUUCCUAAUAAAGUGUUUGCGCUGCGCAAUGGAACUAUCGGGUGGACAUUGGAGGAACUUGAUCUGGAAACUGAAAAGACAGAGCGAGUUCCGGCCCCUUCGGCCGAUGCAGCACGAAAGGCACAACUGCACGCGGAAAAAUGGGCUUCGCAUGCUGGUGUUUCUGUGAUUGAUGAUGUCCAGUUGAUUCAGUUUGCCGCGGAGUCUGAGGAUCGGUCACUUUAUUUGUUGGAUGUCAGGGAUCCGGAUGAGUAUGCUGCUGGUCAUCCAGUGGGUUUCUCCAAUGCGCCUGGUGGUCAAUUGGUCCAGGCUACCGAUGAAUGGGUCGGUGUUCGAGGUGCUCGCAUUGUUCUGUAUGAUACCGAUGGUGUGCGUGCGCGCAUGACGGCUAGCUGGCUUUUGCAGCUUGGGUGGGAAGUAUACAUCGUUGAUACCAUGGUACCCGAUAGUCUCAAGUCACCUGCAACUCCCUCGUGGCAGCCUCCGCACACUGGGGCUAUCACUGUUGACGACCUCCAGAAGCUCAAAGGUGCCGUUGUGGUCGAUCUCUCCCGCAGUCCCGUUUAUCGCAAAGGCCAUAUCCCCGGCGCAUGGUUUGCUUCAGGGCCCGAACUGAGCAGGGAUUUGAAGACUGUUACCGGUGACGGCCCGAUUGUUUUGACUUCACCAGAUGGGGAUGUAGCCGCGGUCAAUCUCGAGGAAGCCCGGGCUUCAAAUCAGCGAGAGAUUCUCUAUUUAACGGGAGGAACCGCGGCAUGGGUAGCAGCUGGGCUUCCACUUGAAACCGAGGAGCGUCGACUUUCUGAACCGAUCGAUGUGUAUAAAAGGCCAUACGAGGGAACGAGCAAUGCGCGGAAAGAUAUGCAGGGCUAUCUUGACUGGGAGUAUGGGCUUGUUGCCCAGUUGGCUAAUGACGGGGUGUCGGGCUUUCACGUUAUUCGAGAUCGUCAAAAGGGCAGCACCUGA